AGUGACAUUAAGAUCAGUAAUGGAACGACCAGUGUAAGCAGCACUCUACGCAGAGAUGUGGUCUUUCAGAAGAUGCUUGAAUACAUUCUCUCAAGAGUCACUGAAAAGAUGGAUGCAUCAUUGUGUAAGAGAUACCAUUUUUGCCCUAUCAUCUGGCCAUGGCAAAUGUGGAGUGGCAGUGAUCAGGACUAGUGGCCCUGCCAGUCAAAAGGCACUGCAUCUCCUAACCAAGUGGCAGUCAUUGCCUCGUCCACGGCAAGUAAAACUUGCAUCAAUUUUGUGUCCGAUAUCUGGAGAGCUGUUGGACAGAGGACUGGUAGUAUGGUUUGCAGGUCCACAUAGCUUCACAGGAGAAGACUGCUGUGAAUACCAUGUGCAUGGUGGACCAGCUGUGGUCAGUGGUGUACUUCAGGCUUUGGGAUCUCUGCAAAUGCUCCGUCCAGCAGAACCAGGUGAAUUCACCAAAAGAGCUUUUCAAAAUGGAAAACUGGAACUGACUGAGGUGGAGGGUCUUGGGGAUCUCAUUCAUGCAGAGACUGAGGUUCAGAGAAGGCAGGCCUUGCGUCAGAUGUCUGGAGAGCUUGGACAACUAUACCAGAGAUGGAGCCAACAAUUAAUCAGGGCUCUUGCUCACAUUGAGGCUUUCAUAGAUUUUAGUGAGGAUGAUAACGUGGAGGAAGGUGUUCUAGUAGCAGUUGAUGAAGUGGUUGAAAAGCUCCGGAAGGAACUGGAGGAGCAUCUUGAGGACAACCGGCGAGGAGAGAGGCUAAGAGAUGGGGUCCAAGUUGUCCUCACAGGAGCUACUAAUGCAGGAAAAAGCAGCCUACUCAAUGUAAUAAGUCAGAAACCAACUGCCAUAGUUUCCUCCAUCCCUGGCACCACUCGAGAUGUGGUUGAGGCAACCCUAAAUAUCGGAGGAUAUCCUAUUAUCCUGAGUGACACUGCAGGCCUGAGGGAUUCUGAGGAUCCUAUAGAGAGGGAAGGUGUAAGACGGGCCAAGGCAAGGGUGGGGGAAGCAGACAUAGUUGUGGCAGUAAUAGAUGUCAGCAACAGCUUAUUGUCUCAGGAAACACUGCUUGCCCUCCUGAAGAACCUCUGCUCCAGCUUGCAAGGAGAUGGCCCCAGGAGUGUUAUUGUGGCAAUGAACAAAGUAGACCUCCUGAGCCAAGAGAGUAUUAUUACGAUAGAGAAGCUAUGCCAGGAAUGUGAACUACCGCCAGUAUGUCUUCUGUCUUGCCACACAGGAGCAGGAAUCAGCAACUUCUUAAGAAUCCUCAGAGACCACUUGGAAGCAAUUUGUGGCGAUCCUCUUCAGGGAGGCCCUACCAUUACUCAGACUCGCCACAGGCAUCAUCUGACAGCAUGUCUAGAUGCCCUAGGGCGCUACAAUGUGCACAGACAGCAAGAUUUGGUUCUGUCUGCAGAAGAGCUGCGUAUUGCACACAGACAGCUUGGCGCCAUCACAGGGAGGGUGAGCGCCGAGGAGAUUCUGGAUAUUAUAUUUAGUGAUUUCUGCAUUGGAAAGUGAGUCUCUCUGCCUUAUCCUUUAUUUAUGUUGUGCUGUUUUAGGCACACUGCAUCAUAACUUCUAAGACAUUGAGUAUGAAUAAAAAAAAAACUG